AUGGGCUGUUAUUAUUUUGACCCCCUGCGUAGAAAUGCCGUUCUGCCACACCAGGCAAGACAAGUUUGCUUCAGCGCACUAAUCCGAUGUGCUGCUAGGGAAGGCCCGCAAGCAAUAGAGGAUGCCUUAAGCUUUUUCGAGCGGCGCUUGAAGAAUGAGCAGGACAACGUUCGUACAGCUGUGUUGCAGCACAUGUCAACCGUGGUGCCGCUCCUUUCCUGGCGUGCUUCCCAUGUGAAGUCCUUCAAGCAACUUCUCACCUUCUCCCUGCAAGCGAAGGGCAGCAGUAGCGCUUCCUUGCAUGCUUGGCGGGGGCUCAUGGAGGUGCAGCCGCUGAGCCGCCUUGACACUUUUCGGGUGAGCCAUGCUCUAUGGCUCACAGUGACAGGUGCUGCUUGCCUCUGGUGUGGCAUACCUAGAGGCCGAGGUGCAGCUUGCCCAGCUGGGAGAGCAAAGCAGUUUACAUCUCAAUUUCAUGUUCUAUUGAGAUGGUGUGUAGAUGGAUUAUAUAUGAUUAUAUCAUAUAUUUUGGUUGGUGGUUUGGAACAGUUUUUAUUUUCUAUAUGUUGGGAAUAA